CUAUACAACAGCAGCAACAUGUUCAAAUAUAUCACAUUCGCCGCUCUCUUCGCCAUCGCCACCGCUGCUCCCGGUUUCAUCGCUCAACCCGUUGUGGUCAAAGUGCACACCGUUCCAUCUGCCACCUCCCACCAGAGCAUCACUCAAGUACACAACAACGCCCACAUUGUUACGCCGGUGGUGAAAGCUGUGGCUCCAGUGGUUCAUGUUGCUCCAGUUGGGAAGACCUACUCUGCUCCUGUGGUUCCAGUAGUCAAAACUGUUGCUCCAGUCGUUCCCGUGGUUCAUGCCGCUCCCGUAGUUCCAGUUGUGAAAUCCUACUCCGCCCCAGUGGUUCAUCAUGUUCCAGUUGUUGCGCCCGUCGUACCAGUGGUUCAUGGUGCUUCAGUCGCCCGCUUUGUUCACCAUUAAUACAA